GUUAUUCCCAUUGGGUCGUCAGUCACAUACACCGUUUCACAAUUAAUUAUUUUUCGUAUCCAUUACGCACUUAUCGUCAUCCUUGCUUGCUUUUCUUUAGUGUGAAAUAUUAUUUCGAUAAAAGAUAAGUAAUAAUUGAGGAGAUGGCUCCAGCCGCACAGAAACCGAUAUUUAAGGAAAAUCAAGAGAAACCAUACCGAGGAAUAAAUGCGGUAUUAUUGGGCCCGCCUGGCAGCGGCAAAGGAACCCAGGCACCGCUGUUGAGGGAUCGUUACGGCGUUUGUCAUCUAUCGACGGGUGACAUGCUCAGAGCAGAGGUAUCCUCUGGUUCGGAGCUUGGAAGUCGAGUUCAAGAAAUAAUGAACGAAGGUAAAUUGGUCAGCGAUGACCUUGUGGUCAGCAUGAUCGGCAAGAAUUUGGAUAAGUCUGAGUGCAAACAAGGUUUCCUUUUGGAUGGAUUUCCAAGAAGCGUGCCUCAAGCCGAAAAAUUGGACGAGAUGUUGACCAAGAGGAAAAAAAAAUUGGAUGCCGUAAUAGAGUUUGGAAUUGACGACAAUCUUUUGGUAAAGAGAAUAACCGGACGUCUUGUACACCCCGAGAGUGGACGUUCUUAUCACGAAGAAUUCGCUCCUCCCAAAGAAUCUAUGAAGGACGAUUUAACAGGGGAGCCGCUGAUUAAGAGAUCUGAUGACAAUGCCGAAGCAUUAAAGAAGCGACUAAAAACGUAUCAUGAUCAAACGCGUCCGUUGGUAGAUUAUUACGCUCUGCAGGGUAUCCACAAUUACGUCAAUGCCGCUAGAUCGAGUCAACAAGUGUUCAAAGAUAUUGACAGCAUUUUCCUUAGAUGCAUCAAGCACGAUGAGAAAAAACAUUUCGUCGGAUUCUUUGGUAAAUUCUUCUAAAUCCCAAUCGUAUUGGCUGGCUGGCUGGCUGGCUGGCUAAUAUUCUUUGUCCCAUCCCGAUGUACGAGCCUAAAAUCGAAUGAAAGAGGCAGUCUAAUCAUAUGAGAGUUUAUGAGCGAAGGGAAAAAAGAAGCUAUCAAGUUCUACCGUCGUCGUCACCGCUACCAACCACCAAUUUUCGUUCGCAUUAUAGUUGUCGCUAAACGUGAUGUAGCGGGAUUGAACGGGUCAGCGUGCGAAAAGCUUGUCGUGUUAGAAUUUGUUUGGCUUGUCUUCUUUUUUGUUUGCCACCUUUUAUAGCCAAGUUUGCAAUAUCAAUUUUGAAAAUUUCAGCAUGAAUGACAAUUCGCACUUGAUCAACGCUAUUGCCACUAAUAAUUCAUCACAAAUUAAUUAUUUGAGAGAGCAAGAGAGAAAAGAAAAAAUAGGAUCUCCAGUCAGUAAGCGCACAUUCAAUUUAUACAACAUCAUAUCCAAAAUUACUCCUCAGGCUUUCAGAGUUUCAAUUGUCUCCCAUUAAUGUACAAUAUUUCUAUGUUUAUUCGAAAGGGCAUGCCAAAGUUGAUUUCUUAUGUGGAAAAGAAUUUCGCAAACAAUCGCAACAGAGAACGUAACAAAUAACAACACGCAUAAACGAUUAAUGCGAAAAUAUUAAAAAGUUUGUCCAACUUGUCGUUGCGCCUAAAUGUACAUACGAUACACUAUAUUUUGGAUAAAUGAAAAACGUUGUUUGGGAAAAAGCAUACACACGAUUGUGAUUGAUCUUUGGAGAGGCCUUGCGGCUACUAUUGUGAUGUCUGUGUUGUUGCUGAAAAAAUAAAUAAGGCAAAAGAAAGCCAAGUAAGACGGCCAUAUUAAUAACGAGUGUAUUCGCAUGACUGGAACUCGCGAAUAAAUUAUAAUAUCAGCGCA